AACAAAGGAGCAGUAGUUUAGUCUAAGCGAAUCAGAACUUAAGCACAGACGGCGAGCAAAAGUGCACAGACUUUAAGCAUGAAGCAAAUAGCAUUACUCAGUACAUUCACUUUGGCUUUGGUAUGCUGUACCUUGGCAGCCCCAGCUGCAGCUCCCGAACCAGUUAAGGCAGAGGGCCGCACUCUGGGAUUUUUGGGUGGUGGUCUGGGUAUAGGACUAUCAGCAGGUGUAGGUCUCAGUAGCGGUUUGUAUGGUGGCCAUGGCCAUGGUUAUGGAGGCGGAUAUGGAGGUGGCUAUGGAGGUGGCUAUGGAGGCGGUUAUGGUGGUGGUUUCGGUGCACCUGGAUUUGGCUAUCACAGGCCUGGUGGCUAUUACGGAGGUUUUGGUGGACCCUAUGGAGGAUAUGGCCAUCACCGUCCGGGAGGCUUUCAUGGCGGUUAUGGAGGCUAUCCCUUUGGCUAUGGAGGCCAUGGAGGUCAUGGAUAUGGCGGCGGCAGUAACUACUAUGGCGGCUACAAUCAUCAUCAUGAAUCUGGCUACUAUGGUGGCAGCAGUGGUGGUGGUGGUUUCUUUGGUUGAAAACCCAAGAAAAACAAAACUGUGAUUUUUACUCUCUUCCUAUACGCUCUGUAAUGUCAUAAACCCAGUCAUGCAUAUGUUAAGU